AUGCCUACAAUUCUUCUGGCUAAUAUGAUCCAUGAAACUAAACAAGAAUCAACACAUCUUCAAUUCGUGAGAUAUCUUAAAGACCAUAUUCCAGAUAUUGAAGAUAAAUUUUUUCUUGUAACUGAUGAUGAAUUGGCUUUCAAGAAUAGUUUUAAAAAAGAAUAUCCAUUGCUGUCAAAAAAGAAAGCUGAAGAAGAAGCAAACGAGAAUGAAAGUCAACAGUCACAAGAAGAAGGUGAUCAAAAUCAAGAAGAACUCAACAGUGGUGACAAUGAAAUUGGCAUGACAGAAGAAGAGCUGGACUCAUAUAUUGAAUUUCUUGAAGAGCUGGACAAUAUCUUACAUGAUCAUUUGUAUUGUCAAACGAUCACUCAUCAGCCAAUAGAAGAAGAAACAACAAAUUCUACAACUACAAAUGUUAUACUCAUCGAAGAAUCGAGAAAGCAAACGGCAACGCGUUACUGUCGAGAUGUUCGUUAUCUUCUGUCACACAAAAUUAAACAAGCGUUUGAACGAGAUUUACCCAUAUUACAAGGAAAUUGGUCAACUGAUUUUAUCAAAUAUUUUAAUAGAUAUAUACUCCUUGAUAUCGACGAACUCGGCAUGUGGACAAUUUAUGAAAUUGACGUUAAAGAUUUAUUUAAAAGGACUGUUACUUCCAACUCGGUGGAGGGAGUAAAUUUUGUUUUUAAACAACCGACAAGUUGGAAAUCUGUGACAAUUGAUCGGUUGAUAUUAAUAUUAAAUUUUUUACAAGGCUAUUUUAUCAAUGAACUACAACGUGGAUACUGUGGCAUUGGUGAUUACACAUUAAAGCCAGAAUAUGCUAAAUUACAAAUGGAUAUAUUAAUGUUGGAAUUUUUACAGUCAUAUGAUCCACAUGAAAUUGUUAACAGAAUUAAAAAUUUAGAUUUAGCAGUUAAAGAUGAUGGGCAAGAUGAACGUCGACAAUUGCCUCUCGCAUCAAUCGACCUUUCACAAAUCAUGUUUAGCGAUCCGAAACAAAUAGAAUUAACUAGUUCUGGUGCGAUCAUGGUCAAACAAAAAGAUAAUUCAAUUUUCACAGUUCAACUAAUGGCUCACAGAAUGUUUCAAUGUUCAUGUGGAUUAUCUCGUACAACGAGAGGUGUGACUGAAUGUGUUCAUAUCAUUGGUGCUAAAAGAAGAUUAAAUAUACCCAUCGAAAAACCAGUAUCAAAACAGAAUUGUGCUGUUCUCCGUAAAGGAAUGAAAGCAAAUCUUGGUAUUAAGAAAACAGGACAAAAAAAAACAACUGUGUUAGAUAAAGAAAAUAAAACACUACCGGCAAGUGCAACGACGAAAAAUUUAACGAUUCAGAAGAAGACGACAGCGAAAAGAAAACAAACGUUAUUAUCAUUGGAUGAUUAG